UUUCUGACCAAGAUUCAUACGAAAGUAAGUCUUCCAGUAUUGGUUCUAACUCUCUGUUAUAUUUGUGUGUAAAAAAUGUAUCGAAAUAACAAGAACUUUUAGCAUAUUGCCUAACUUUCAAACGGUAUUAGGAAAUAUUAUCCGUUCUUUGACAAAGUCAAGGAGUAGUAAUGCAAGAAGAACGAACGCACUAACGGCCUUCAAGUGACCAAUAGUUUUAACCCGGCCAAUUCGCGCGAAAAAAGAGAAACAGAGAGAUGUAUCCAUAAUAGAGAAUGACAAAUCGAAAGAAGGAUAUCCCAUUUAGUCUGAUGGUUCUUUCCCAGCACUUCUUUCCGUACAUGGUUGAUUUCUCGUGACAUCGUUUCAUUUCCUUGAUCUGAUUACGCGCUAGAAGGUCAUUGGCGAGAGGUCACUCCGUGGAUCACUAUUCUUCAAGUUGGCCUCAGUUGUCUAGUAAAAUAUAUUAAAUCUUCUUCGCAGUUAUUGAGAAGUGUCACAUUAAUCUUAAGCACAGUCAUGCUGAGGGAUGCGUGUUUGAGACAAGAAGUGCAUGCAGUGAUUCGAGUUGGUGAAAAUUUUCAAGUAGAUCUCCCCUUGUACGAAGGUGAACCGCCACAGUCAAUACUUUCAAGUGAAUCCGAUCAUGAAGUAGUUCUGUGGCGUCCAAUAGCUGAAAGUUUAAAUGAUCAGUUGGAGAAAUUCAUAAACACAGCCAUUGAAAAAUAUGCGUAUACAGAAGAACAAGCUCUUGCCUUUCUUACCUGGCAUCAGAUUGAUUUUGAUGAGGCUGUCGAGGAUCUUUGCAAUUUUACGCCAGUUCAAUAUGAAUGGUCCAAUUUAGAACGUAAAAUAUUCUUCACCUAUGUCGCUUAUCAUAAUAAACAAUUUCAUAAAAUUAAGAAACAUUUUCCCAACCGUACAGUCAAUGAAUUGAUUCUUUUCUAUUACUUGAAUAAACGAAAUGAACAAACAUUGCAUGAAAUGGGUUUAGGCGGAUCUAAAUGGUCUUGUCUACAAAAACUUGGUUAUUUACUGCCUGGUAUUUCAUCACAUAUGAACAAUAAUAAUAAUAAUAAUGCUAAUCAGAAAUACGACUUCGAAUUUGAUAUGAACGAUCCAUUAGAUGUUGAAAUCAAACAAUAUCUUGAUAUGCUGCACAGAGUAGUUCCAGAAUCAUCAGCUGAAGAAUCCAAUGAUAGUACAGAACAAGGCACUAGCCUUAGCGGUACUCAAUCAGAGUGUGAAACAGAAACACGCACAUCAUGUUCAUCAUUAUCAAUAGGUGGUGAAGGCGGUGGUGUUAACACCGAAACUGUUGAACAACACAGUGAUCAACAAAGUAGAUCAAGUACAGGUUCUGUAACACAUAGUCUUGAACAUCGUAGACAACGGCGAGGACGAGGACGACAUUAUCGUAAAGGUCGAAGAACAACACCGCGUAAUGCCGCCGCUGCCGCUUUUGAUCUCUUCUCCAGUGAUAUUGUUUCAGUGAAUCGUUUAUCAGCACGUAAAUUUGCUCAACUUGAAAAAGAAAUUGCAGCAGCCAUCGCUUCUUUUAGUAGUAAUAAUAAUAAUCAAUCGUCAUUACAUAGAGUUAAAUCUCAUGAAGCCAAUACCUGUGUGAAUUCUAGUUCACGUAGUUCACGCAGAGGAAUUCUAUCGAACACAAAAACAAGAGCUACAUUGCCCUCUGGAAUAUACUAUUCACAUAGAGAAUUUCUGCGUUUCUGUGAUUCUACACCAGCUGAACGUAAACAAGAAAUGGAUGAAUUGAAUAAUACACUACAAACCUUGUCUGAACAAAUAAAGAAGGAAAAGAAAAUUGCUGACAGUAAAAGUGAAUCACUUGAAAGUAUGGCAGCUUUACGGCCUCCUUCUUUGCCUAUAGAUCCUUAUUGGUCCCCAGUGGAUAUUCAACUAGUCUGUCAUGCAAUCGGUGAUUUAGGACUUGAUUAUGUGGCGAUUGCUGAACGUUUGAUCAAUAAAACACCGACAAUGGUAGCCAAAUUCGUACAAAUGUACGGGCAACAACUUAACCUCCAUCAGUUGGCAUCAUUAUCGCCGUUAAUUUUGCUUUAAAAAAAUUUUUUUUGUAAUGAUUACUAUGAUUAUUGUUAUUACUGUUAUUGUUAUAUUUGAGUAUAUUGUAAAUACAAUAAAAUUCCUACCUCA